CGAGCCACCGCAAUCAGCAGCAUUAGUGUGUACCUGGUCCAGUCAUACCAGUGCGAUCGUGCAAGAUUUUCUUCUCGUUGGAAGAUUUUCCUUUCUUACGCUUCAUACAUUAAGUACACACAGCGCGUACGAAGAAAAACAGAAAAGCUUUCCCGGGUACGCGCAGCAAAACUUUAUUUUCCCGUGCGUUGUGUAGCGGUUUUCUACGUUUGGUGUGUGAGCAGAAAUUAAACUCGCACGCUCGCACCAUAGUCAAAGCAAACGCUGACAAGAGUCGGAUUCGUUUCGUCCGAUUUACCGGUGUAUCCAAGUGUAAGUGUGCAUGUGUGUGUUGUGUUUCUUUUGUGUGAGUGCUUUUUUGCAUCGUCAAACACCUGCCAGUACUACACCGGCACGAACUACAAGCAGGCGCUGGUAGCGUGAAAGUAUUUCCUUCCCGAUCGAUUUAAGGGCAUAUUUCGCUUGUAGCGUAGAAGCAUUGAAGGAAAGAAAGAAUUAAGUGCAGAAAGUAUGCUGGCCACAUGAAAUGGUGGAAAAUUUUAAGUGAAUCGUGAAGCAAGGAAAGAAUUAGAGCUGGCAGGUUGAGGUUGAACCAUUUCGGUGGAGUGCAUCUGUAUACGGUGGUGUGCAUAUGUAAGUUCGUGUGGUUCUUGAGAGGCGUAAAGCGUGAAUUGUGUAUUGAACGAAAAGUGCAUUGUGCUUAGAGGAGAAAGAAGCAAACAAGUGGAAAAGGAGAAAAAUAUUUAAAAGUAUAUAAAAUAAUUUAAAAAAAUCAACGCAAUUUAAUAUUGAACUAAAAGCAGUGUAACAACAAUAUAAACAAACUUACUGAUACAAAAAGAUAACAGAAAAAAGUGCACCACCUGCGCAACAGAUUGAACGCCCGCCGUUUCUGACCAUCCAGCAUCAUCGGCUUGCAUCGUCGAAGUUCCAACUUGCCCGGUUGCGAUCGAUUGAUCGAGUUGAACAAACCGCAACCGAGAACGGCCAGAAGAUACGAAGAUACGCAAGCAGCCAACUAAUUAGAGGCGUUUAACCAAAGCACCUCCAGUCCAACAUUCAGCUCGCCACUUGGGCACAGAGGCACCCUCGCGUGUGUGUGAGCUGUGGCGUUUUUAUUUCGAGUGUUGCAGUGUUAAUAGCAAACAAUAACAAAAGCUGAACAAGGUGAAUACGGAAACCAAGGAACCACAGAACGGCGAAAGCAACGCAGCAGACCAUUGGAAGAUAUUCUGAUGCAUCUUCGUCUUCACAGUGUCCAGGACAACUGAUAUGGUCAUAUAAAUGUCGCUUAAAAAGGCUUUCGAUGGUGGAUAUAGAUCUGAACAUCUCCACCAUGUGGAGUCGAUGGCGGACAUCGAUUCUACUGUUAACCGCACUCUGUUGGAUUGCUGAGCGUGCGCCAACGGUGGCGGGUCUGGCCGGUGUGGCCGCCGGUUCUAGUCACAACUACAAGAUCAACCCGAAGCCCUGCUCGGUGAACGGCAUCGACGGUACCUGCAUGUUCGUAUGGGAAUGCAUCAAAUCCGAGGGCCAGCACGUGGGCAUGUGCAUGGACCAGUUCAUGUUCGGGUCCUGCUGUUCGCACAAUCUGACCGAAAAUGUGAUACCGCAGAGUGGCAGCGGCCACCAGCAUCAGACGUUUGUUGGCGGCUAUCGGCCGAAACCGACGGGCUCGCCGUCUGGUGGGAAGUAUAAACCACCAAGGCCAAGUACUUUUGUUAGUAGUAAUGGCUACACCACCAUCUAUCGGCCGAACGGCAGUGGUACGCUGGUGAUACGACCGUCCCACAAUCACCAUCAGCAGUCACAUCCGCACCACACGUAUCAUCACACUCAUCAUCACAGUAAGCCGGGCGGCGGCGGCGGCAGCGGCGUUAGUAGUUCCAGUAGUAGUUCGAGUGCUGGCGGUGGUGGCGCUUUCGUCACCGGCAGCAAUCACUUUAGUCAAAAGCCAACCGAAGGCAGUGUAAAUAAACAUUCUACCUUAUCGACGCUGGUACAGCAGCAGCAUCAGCAGCAGCAUCAGCAGCAUCAGCAGCAGCAACAGCAGCAGCAACCGCAAACGGGUGCAGUCGACCAAGAGAUGGCAGCGAGUGCAUCAACCGGCGUAUUUACCACUCACUGGCAGGCGACGACGGAGCCCAGUUUCAUCACGCGAACGAAACCGCCGAAACCAAACAAACCGUCCAAGAAACCGAUCCUGUCCAUCUCGAACAACAUUCAAAGCACCGUCCUGAAACCAAAACCAUCGGCAAAGCCGACCAAGCAAAGUACGACCAGUACAAGCACCACUACCACUACGACGACGACGACAACGACAACGACGACCACGACGACGACCCCCAGGCCCACAACCAGAAGGACUACGACGACUACCACGACAACCACGACUACGCCUCGGCCUACUACCACGUCCUCCACCAGCACCAUUGGAUCCAGCAGUAGUACCAGCAGCAGCAGUAGCAGCUCAACAGGUUCCCAAGCGCUUGCAACAGCAUCCCCUUCUGUGAUUGACGUCGACGAUGCUGCACCGUCCAUUGCGUCCUACACCACGGCACCGGGCCGAUACACGAUUUCCGCAGCAAGAAACGCUGAAUGCGGCAUUCAAACGAUGGGCCGACCGGAAACAAGGAUCGUCGGUGGCAAAAAUGCUCCGUUCGGCCGCUGGCCUUGGCAGGUGUCGGUGCGGCGCACGUCAUUUUUCGGCUUCUCGAGUACCCACCGGUGCGGGGGAGCUGUCAUAAAUGACAACUGGAUAGCGACGGCGGGCCAUUGUGUCGAUGACCUUUUAACGUCCCAGAUUCGGAUACGGGUCGGCGAGUAUGACUUUUCGCACGUGCAGGAACAGCUGCCAUACAUCGAGCGGGGCGUCGCCCGGAAGGUUGUCCAUCCGAAGUAUAACUUUUUCACGUACGAGUUCGACCUGGCGCUGGUGAAGCUGGAGCAGCCGCUCGUCUUUGCACCCCACAUCAGCCCGAUCUGUUUGCCGGCGACGGACGAUUUGCUGAUCGGGGAGAAUGCGACCGUUACCGGCUGGGGUCGGCUGAGCGAGGGCGGUACGCUGCCAUCCGUACUGCAAGAGGUGUCCGUUCCGAUCGUGAGCAACGACCGGUGCAAAUCGAUGUUCCUGCGAGCUGGGCGGCACGAGUUUAUACCGGACAUUUUCCUGUGCGCCGGUCAUGAAACGGGCGGCCAGGACUCGUGCCAGGGUGAUUCGGGCGGACCGCUACAGGUUAAAGGCAAGGACGGCCACUACUUCUUGGCCGGCAUCAUCUCGUGGGGCAUUGGCUGUGCGGAGGCGAACCUGCCGGGCGUUUGCACGCGAAUAUCCAAGUUUGUGCCGUGGAUCAUGGAAACCGUGUUGUGAUAAUCACCACGCAGCAAAGCAAUUUGCAACGCGCAGACGGCAACAAGUGGGCCUUUUAGUGUGUACGGGUAUGAUAAAAACGAAAGGAAAAAAUGGAAAGAAAGGAAGGAAGAUAGGACGUACACAGAAGCAGAAGUGUACAUAGCUUUGUUAGCAUACAAUCGAGAUAGAGAGAGAGAGAGAGGGAGAGAGAGAGAGAGAGAGAGAGAGAGAGAGAGAGAGAGAGAGAAAAGUAACGCAAUAGCAAUGAAACAAUUAAUUUAUGAUUAAGAAGCUUUAUUUAAACAAAAAAGCAAACAAUAUACAAGCAGACUAACACAAUCAAUAUUCAAUGGCAGAAUGAACAUACAGAAAUAUUCCAGAUCAGCUUAAAUUGCAGCAACACUACUGUAUUACAAUGCAAUCCUUUGUAGCAAUCCAGAUGAAAAUUCAUAGCCCUUGAAUCCACUCGCUUCGAUACAAAAAAAAAAAAACAGAUUCUAGUGAAUCUACAAACGAGAUACAAGAUUGUAAAUAUGGCCCAGCGCUUCAGGGGACAGCAAUACGCCGCAUUAGAGAGAGGAAAAUGAAUUGCAUGAGUAUACAAGAGUAUUAUGCUACGGUGUGUACGCUUUGAUAAGGACCGAAUGAACCGUGAACUUCCUCGUGAAGACAAGCGAAGCUAAGCACGAAAGAUUGUAAAUAUUUAUACAAGGUAGAACACACAAAAAAAACCCACACACACAUGUUAAACAAGGAGUUGCGGCUAGUUGAAGCUAAAUCAAUUUGUACAUACGUAUAUACACGCGUGAUCGAAACCUUUCCCCCCCACAAAAGCAAAGCAAACCUUUAAGGCAUGGCACCGAGCGAGCUCCUCGUCCGUUCGUAUUAUUUUUAAACAAAUAUUAUUAUUUUAUUAUUGCGCUUUAUUAUUUCCAUACUCCCGGCGCACCCGUUCGCCGUACCGCCCUAGGUAACGUUGUAAGCGAGCGCAUGGGGGCGCAUGGGAUAAACACGCAUGGCAUUCCUGUUAAUAGCUGAUUAUGAUAAUUAUUAUUAACCCAUCUUCCUUCACUCCGGUGUAUUUAUGUUCUCUGUCUCGUAGCUAGUAGGCGAAGCAAUUAUAGUAAAUAAUAUUUCAUAUUUCCAAAGAAAA